AUGCUCAUUGUAAUAAAUUGCGCAUCAUAUCUCAAAUGUUGGCAACUGGUAAUAAAGAGUGUGAACAUACCGUCGACAGUGAAAGCCAACAAUACCAAUUAUGUGAUUCUUGAUUGCGAUUAUGAUCUCGAGAAUACGCCGAGCAACGGAUUAGUAAUAAAAUGGUUUUUCAACGUAAACGAAGUGGCCUAUCAAUGGAUAUACGGUAGAGACCCUUUGGCUGGAGAUAUCACGCGGAAGUACGUUGAUUUGAACUAUAAAGCCAGUAACGAUCCAUGUACCACUUACCGAGCCAUGAAAUUGAAUAAACCUGGUAUCGAUCUUACCGGCGAAUAUAGAUGUGUCAUAUCUACUUUUGCAGAUGAUUGA